UUUGACUUUGCGACAAUGGCGAGCACUUCGCGAUCCGUUUCUGAGCGACGUCUUCGUCCAAUCUAUGACGCGCUUGAUACAUUCAACAACAAGCAGGCCAUCCAGCUGGCCGACAAGGUGCUCAAGAAGGACCCCAUCCUGGCAGCCAAGGCGCUUAAGGCAAUUGCGCUCGAGCGACUCGGAAAGCGCGACGAAGGUCUCGCGCUGCUCAACGAGCUCAAAGUCGUUGGUCCGACAGACGAGAUGACCUUGCAGGCGAUGACUCAUGCGUAUCGGGACAUGGACCAGUUUGAUCAAAUCCCAAGCGUGUACGAAGUUGCCGUGAAGCACUCGCCGCUCAACGAAGAGUUGAAUGCGCACCUGUUCAUGGCCCUCGUUCGCAUCAACGAUCCGAAGCGCCAGCAGGCGGUUGCCAUGCAAAUGUACAAGACAUUCAAGCUGCCACGAUACUACCUGUGGUCUGCAAUGUCGCUUCUUGCUCAGGCAAUGCUGCCCUCCAACAUCCAAGCGGGCUUGUCCAGCAAGAUGCUCUUCCCGUUGCUCGAAAAGAUCCUCGAGAAGGCGACCAACGAAAAGCUUCUGGCGAGCGAGGAAGAUCUCGAUCUCUACCUUCAAGCGUUUGAGCGUCAGGGCAAGCAUGCUGAUGUGCUCAAGUGGCUGGAGCAACCCGAGCUCGCCUCGCUCAUCAAAUCAUCCAGUGCCCGCGAUCAGCGAGUCGCAGAGGCGCUUGGGUCGGCCGGACGACUGUUGGAAGCCGCAUCAAAGUUCCAAGCUCUGUUGGAAGCCCCAGAGCACCGCGAUCAGUGGUCAUUCUUCAAGCUGUACUUGAAGUACACAUUCGAGCAUGCGGCUGCUUCGCCCGAUGUGGCGACUCUGGAGAAUGCUUGGUCGUUCGUGUCCAAGCUCGUGGCUGAGGAGACUGCUCCUUCGGCAGGUGCUGGUCCCAAGGUUGUUCACCGAGGUCCUUUCCUUGCGCAGCUCGAGUUCCUCCGUCUCUCUCAGCAGCGAGUGUCUGCCGGGCUGCCAGUAGCCUCGGUCGCAGCUUCCCUUGUCGAGCUUCUGGCCGCCUACUUUGCGCGAUUCGGUGCAAAGUGGUGUUGCUUUGACGACAUGCGAGGCUUUGUUGGGACGCUGUCUCCUGACGCUGCCAAGGAAUUGCACGAGAAGAUGCUUCAGCAGGUUCAGGCGUGUCCGAAGGAUGCUCCCGUGGCAACGCAGGCCGAUUGCAUGCGCCAGCACAUUUGCACCGUGCAGCUUGCUCGCUGGAUGGGCUUGCAUACCGCAAUGACGCCGGAGCAGCAGCGAGAGCUGGUUGCCGACCUUGUCUCGCGCUACCACGCCGGGCUUCAAUUUGGCUCCGCUCUGAAGGAGACCGAGCGACAGUACAGCGAUGAUUACGCGCUCCUUGCAACGCUGGUCAUGCUCGAUUUGCACGAAGCAACUGGUGAUCGAUCCGUUCUUUACGACAUUAUUGCCCUCCUUCAGUUCGGCGUUGUUCGCAGCAAGUUUAACUUCCAGUUCAAGCUUUUCCUGGUUCAGUGCUAUGUCAAGCUUGGCGCGCUUGCCCCUGCGCUGGCGCUUUACCAAGAGCUCGAGACACGUCAUGUGCAGCAAGACACACUGAGCUACGUUAUUUCAGACCACCUUCUCAGUUGCGCAAACAUGGCGGAGGGUGUUAAUUUCCACCGCAUGGUGCUGAGCUACUUUGAGCGCGCAGGCAAGGAGCUCCCCGAGAUGGUCAUCAACGCUUACCGUCACCAGACGUUCUCAAAGGUUCUCGAGUUUAUGGAAUUUACUUCUCGCACGAAUCGUUCUCUGCAGCGCGCCAUUGUUCGCUGUCAAGAUGCCAAGCUGCGCCUGCGCACCGGCUUCAACGGGCAAAUAUCCGAGCUGGAAGAGUUCAUCCGUGUGUUGCCGCUUCCAGUUGAAGUCUUGAACGAUCUGUCUGACAACCGCGAUCACGACGUCAUGGAUUUCUGGGAGGCCGAGGCUCGCCGCCCGACAAAGGAGCAGCUGGAAACUCUUCGCGCACAAAAGAUUGCCUGGGUUCGUCUGUCAACCUUGACGUUCAACACUCUGCGUUUUGCGGCUGCCAGCGACAAGGCCCGACUCCAGUCCACCCUUGAGCAGUUGCAGGCUGCUGUUUCUGCGAUCGCCGAGCAGUCCUUUGCUGUGCCUUCCAGCCUGCGCCUCAGCCAAACACCAGCCAACACCCAGCAAGCCCUCGUGCACGCAAAGAUUGUUCUCGAGUUUGGCAAGGCUGCCCAGCACCUGCAGGCAUACGUUGCAUCCUCGGGUGAAGCUGCUGGCGCUGCAGCGAGCAUUUCCGACGCUGCUGCCAGUGCUACCGCUUUCAUCUCCAGCGUUACCGCUGCGGCUGAGGCUGCCACCAAUGCCAUCGCCUCCACGCCGCUUCCAGAGUCGAUUGGCCAGAGAUUCUUUGAGCGCGCCGCCGGCCAACUUGAGGUGGCUGGAGAUGCGCUCGUCUUCCUUUCGGCGUUUGCUCGCGUUCUUGGGGACAUUGCCAACGCUGGCAAGAAGAACCGCAAGAAGCCGACGGACGGCUCGCCUGCCAUUUCGGUGGCUGAUCUUCGCGCACCAAUCUCCUCGGCAGCCAGCGGCUUUGCGCAGCUCUUGCGCAGCCUGGAGUCUCAGCUGCAAGCCAAUCGCCGCAACCUGCCGGCUGCCAGCUUUGCCUCCAAGUCUCUGGUUUCCAGCGAGGCAGACGUCAAGGCUGCUGGUGAGAAGGCGUUCACCGCGCUGUCCCAAAGCCAGCGUGACGCGCUCGAGAAUUUGGCAGAGUGGGUGGGCUCGAAGCGCUCCUGUGCCGAGUCGCUUUCUUCUUGAAGGUUGAAGGUGGCAAGUCGACAGCAUCUGCCUCAUGAGGGAGGGAGUCCGGUGCGAUGCAAAAAACUUCACCCUCUUUUCCAAUACAAUGUUCAACUUGA